AAUUACUUUUUUAAAAGAUUUGUAAAUUGUAAUCAUAAGCUCAGUUGAUUUCUAUAUAAACCUGUUAUUUUAAUUUCAGUGUCUUGUGAUUAGUAAUUUUAUAUUAACAUGUCGGAUGUAAAUUCGGAUACAAACCCAUCUCCGACCCAUAAUAAGAAUAUACGAACAAAGUUAAAAAUAUUAGCCUUACAUGGAUACAGACAGAAUGGAACUUUGUUUAGCGGCAAAAUUGGUUCCUUUCGAAAGGCAGUUUCAAAAUAUGCUCAGCUUGUUUUUAUUUCUGCUCCACAUAAGGUUUUUACUGACGAUGGAGCUGGAGAUGAAGAUGUUCGCUCUUGGUGGUUCAAUGCAGAAGACAAUACAUACAGUGGCAAAUGCUUAGGAGGGCCAGCCAUAGGCUUUGAGGUUACUUUAAAACUAAUUGAAGAUGUUGUUAAGGAAUAUGGACCAUUUGAUGGUCUAAUGGGUUUUUCUCAAGGAGCUUGUCUUGUAGGCCUGCUUGCGGCUAUGCAACAGAAAGGGUAUCUGCCAUACACAUUUAAGUUUGCAAUAUUUGCAUCAGGAUUUCGUUCUGGUAGCUUAGUGCAUAAAGGAUUUUAUGAUGAAGAUAUAGAUUUACCUUCUUUGCAUGUUUACGGGGAAAGUGAUUCUAUUAUACCUAAAGAAAUGAGUGAGUCUCUAAUAAAUCUAUUCACAAAGCCAAUAGUUGCAGAACAUUCCGGAGGUCAUUAUGUGGCUUGCUCAGGUUCUAUUAAAGAUGCUUAUCUAGAUUUCUUACAUGAUAGAUACGAAGAUAUUAUAGAAAGUGAGAAAUUGCAAAAUAAAGACUAAAGAUUGUUA